AUGAGGCUCGAUGCAACCGAUCUACGCUACAUCACCAGUCAGGAGUUUCGUGUCCUGACUGCGGUAGAGAUGGGCUCCAAAAACCACGAAGUCGUCCCAUCAUCCCUCGCUGCACAGAUCUGCGGUCUUCACCACUCCGGUAUCAACAAGCUUCUCGGUUCGCUCGCCAAACGCAAUCUGAUCGCUCGUGUCCAGAACACCAAGUACGAUGGAUAUCGACUCACGUACGGUGGUUACGACUACCUCGCCUUGCGUGCCUUCUCCAAACGUGACAGCGUAGCUGCUGUCGGCAGGCGUAUCGGCGUCGGCAAGGAGAGCGACAUCAUGAUCGUCUCUUCGCCAGAUCAAGAACAACGCGUUCUCAAGAUCCAUCGUCUCGGUCGAAUCAGCUUCAGAGCCAUCAAGGAGAAGCGUGACUACAUGGGCAAGCGCAAGAGCGCAAGCUGGAUGUACAUGAGUCGCUUGGCUGCGGCAAAGGAGUACGCAUUCAUGAAGAUCCUUCAUGAGCAUGGCUUUCCUGUACCUCAACCUAUCGACCAAGCACGCCACUGCAUCGUCAUGUCCUACAUCGACGCCUUUCCGCUCCGACAAAUCGCUGUACUGCCUCCAGAUCAGAUCCCCCUCCUCUACUCAGCCCUCAUGAAGCUCAUCGUACGUCUAGCACGAGCCGGCUUGAUCCACGGCGACUUUAACGAAUUCAACCUCCUCAUUCGCGAGGUCACAAGUCCAAGUGAUGACGAGUACGAAUCCGAUUCGGCAAGAGCAGCAGCUCCAACAGAAUCAAGAGCCAAGAACGCACCACGACAUGAUCAGCCAGAACCUUCGCAACAGCACAACGCCAACGGUCUCAAAGUAGACAGAGCCCUUGGACACGAGGUCGAGCGCGGCAACGGCUUCGAGCGGGUCAUCGCGCCAGCAUCUUUACAGACUGCAGGCCAGCAAGGGCAAGAGCUCUCCGAAUCAGAGUCCGGCUCCGAGUCCGAAGAGGAAGAGGAAGAGGAAGGCCACCAUGACGACGAUGCCGAUGCUGCGUCCGACGGUCAGGUACAUUUGGGAGACGACGUCACCGUUGAGCCCAUCUUGAUUGACUUCCCCCAAAUGGUCAGCAUCAACCAUGAAAACGCAGAAUACUACUUUGACAGAGACGUCGAGUGCGUGCGCAGAUUCUUCCGAAAACGCUUCAGAUACCAGUCCGACGAAUUUCCUCGCUUCCAGGACGUUGUUCCAGAAUUCGCACGACAGCAGACAAAACUUCCAAAGCCAGCAUCGGACGCAGAACAUGCCCAAGACAACGACAAACCAAUAGUCGCGAAUGGCGACAUUAGACUCGACCUUCUUGCCAAGGCCAGUGGCUUCGGUGGUUCCAAACAGGACCGUGAGCUUGAACAAGUAAGUGUGCUUCAUCACGAAGGCGUGUUGCGUUUCAUCCUCAGACAAAGUUCUGUGACUGACCACAAGCUUCCGCCCGAUCAAUUCCCACAGUACAUGUCCUCCCUACGCCUAAGCACCACCGAGGGAAUGAUCGAGGUUGCUGGCUCGGAGGAUGAAGGUGAUGAGGAUCUGUCUGACAUCGAAGACGAUGACAGCGAUCAAGGCCGAGAUAGCGACGAUCAGGAAGGUACCGAAGAAGACGAUGACGGCAGCGAUGCCGAUGCCGCACAGGAUCGGGAUGAUGGCCUUAGCAGACAGGAACGCAAAGCUGCAAAGGCAGCCGCUGCCAGCGCUGUCAAGCCCUCUCGCGGAGCUGCUCGCAAGGCGAUGCUCGACGGUGACGAUUCAAAGAUUGCUCAACUCGUGGCCUCGGACCGUGCAAAAGCGGUCCGCCGCGCAGAGAAGCAUCAUGGACGCAAGGCACACGCCGGCAAGGGCGGAAGAGCUCAUGCUGGUGGCAAAGCAAAGACAGGAAAGGCACGGAUGAUCAACGACUCCAUGGAUUUCUAA